AUGGUUCCGCAGCCCAGAGAAGCUUCAGAAGCACUCCUAGAUAGCGACGAAGGAGUUAAAAGAGCGAAGAUUACGGUUGGAGCAGCUGUCGUGCAAAAAAAUUUUUGGUGUUUCCUGUUUCAACGUUAUCCUAAAUGGGAUCGGCUGCGAAGAUUAGUCGCGUGGCUUAUUCGUGUUUUUACACAGGCUUACACAUCCAAAAUUUCGGGCUGAACGAAACACAAGUUCAAAUAUAGAGUUGAAGCUCAGUCCCACCCCUUUAUCAGUGCCCGAAGUGACUGAAGCAGAGAAGAGGAUUGUGAAGGUUGUACAGAGACAUUCAUUUCCUAUAGACAUUGACAAGUCAGUGAUAACAGAUCGACUCGCCUGA